AUGCCCUCUGCGGAGCCACUAAAGCUGCGAAAGUUUGAGUUUCAGGGGAAUAAGUUUGUGAAUAAGGUUUGCCGACAUGCCCUUGACUGGUCCGUUUUGACCAGCCUCACCCUGAUCGGCACCCCCUUUCUCAAUCCCCUCUGGACUACGUUGCGUAAUGAGUUCGGGCCCACGGUACUAUCAACAGCAGAGGACACGCCGCCCUCCGACACUCCACGCAAAUACCACCUCGCCCUCAAGGAAAUACGCACCGACUUUGCGUGCUUCUCCUUGCUCAAAUUCGUCAAAGCCACCCUUGCCCCAAACACGCUCGAAGCUCUGUUCUUGCAUAGACUCUCAGAAGGCCGUGAAUCCACUUCCGAGCUCAAUAGAGAGCUUCAUGGUGCGAUCAUGUACCACUCAGGUAGCCUACAGAAGCUUUAUCUCGAAGGAAGCUACCAGCUGAAGCCAAAUUUUGAUUUUCCUCAGUACUUCCCCUUGGAAUCUGAGCUGCUUUCCUAUCUCAGCAGCGGGAGCAUGGUGAACUUGCGCGAACUCUCACUUGCGCUAGAUAACAAUAAUUUGAAUGGCCUAUAUGCCCGUUUCAAAAACAUUCCGGAACUGCGCGCCCUUCAAAUUCAGUAUGUCUACAACUACCCAGGCAGCCGCGCGGUGUGCUAUGCCGGUGUUGUUCUGGACAAGAUACUCGAACUCAUCACGCGCCAUCCCGAGAAGAUGAAGAGGCUGCGUUAUAUCGGGUCAAUGGGCAAGUGCUAUGAGAUUGGGGAGGAGCCAGUCCCGGAGGGGAGGCGGAGAACGGGAGAGGUGGAAGGAAAUGUGGUUACGGAGGCCCAGCCUGAUACUGGCGACGGUAAUCCUGUUUCUGAAGGAGAGGGCGGCAAUGGUGGGCACAUUGACUUCUCUCCCCGGCGCCACACUUUGCCGGCGGGUUCUGGUUUGCGACGGUGGUUGGCCGGAGGCGGUGAUAAUGCCCCGGGCGGUGAUACUGGCCCGCGCGGGCUAGAAGAAGCGGAACUCUGGGCUCCAGCCCUUACAGUGGAAUACGGUAAUGUUCUUGAGGGCGGGAGCACGUCCGGGGCGGCCAGACUUGCCACACUUUCUGAAAUUGCAGCCCACGGGGGUCAGGAUGGAAUCGACAACCCCGACCGACAGGACCACGACCCCCAGCAGCAGCAGCAGCAGCAGCAAGGAGAUGGCGAUGGUCACCAGCAGCAGGAACAGCAGGAAGGGGAUCACGGAGGCAACAACAGCGAGGUACACAGUUCUCACAAAUGGAUCAGUUCUUCUCAUAACUUGCAUGAGAAGCCGGUCGACAAAAGGGAUAUCGUGUACAAGUUGAGGAGCAUCCAGCCCGGUGAUAAACCGACCGUUUUCAAGGCGUGGGCUGGUGAGUUGGAUUGA